CAAAAGAUGAGUCAUUUCUAAAAUGCUAAGCCUUUGAAGUGCUUUGUAUUCAAACUGGAAAGUAUAUAAAGGCAUUUUACUUUCAGCAUCCAAGUCCGUAAGAAAUUUAGAAGAUGACAUGGUAUUCAAUACAUUUAGGCUGGGGAAAGCCUUUCAGAAGGUAGAUACUGCAGAAAAAUCAGUUGUUGCACCUCCCCUGGAACAAUAUAGAAAUGAUGAGACAAGCUUCAUGAAUGAUGAGGAGAACAAAAAUUCAAAGAAUGCAGGUGCCAAACAUAAUUUCUUAAAUCAUGGUCUACCACUGAAUCUGGCUCUAAAACCUUAUCUUGCACUAAAAGGAUCUGUAGUUUUUCCAGCUGAAAAUGGAGUUCAGAAUAUUGAAUCAACACAAGAAAAGAGAGAAAUUGGGGAUGAAGAAAACUCAGCUAAAUUUCCCAUAGGAAGGAGAGAUUUUGACAUGCUCAGGUGCAUGCUGGGAAGAGUCUAUCGACCUUGUUGGCAAGUCUGAUACCUGCUGGUCCACAUCAUCUUUCCAGAAGAAAACAAAAUCAUUUAAUUGUCUAUGGGGGAAAAAGCCCUUAAUGUUACUCUAACUUGUAUUAUUUUAAAAUCUCUGUUCUCAAAAGAAGUAUUAUUAAAAUGUGAAUUAACUUAAAUGAUAUGCUUUACCUGUGCAUUAAACUUUGUGAAUAUUCUGCA